CAACAACAGCUUGUCAGCCAUCUCGGUAGCUUGCUAGCCGACAUAGCGGAAACGUUCAAGCUCUUUAGACGCUUUCUGAUAUAUGAGCCACUGUGUUUUGAACACAUUUCUGUCGUUUAGAUAAUUAUCCAAUUUAAUUUCCUAUUUACGUUGUUAUUAGUCAGCUAGCUGUCUCGUUAAGUUAGCAUUAGCCUAGCUAGCUAGCUGUCUCGUUAAGUUAGCAUUAGCCUUGCUAACGUAGCUGGCUGGUUAAGUUAGCAUUAGCCUAGCUAGCUAGCUGUUAGCUAUCAUCCCCGACCAUGAGUUCACCAAGCUACUCGUCUCCUGUUGAAGAAGAGGAGGUCUGCUUGACGGAGAAAGAGGGUCUGUGGCUGAACGUUGUCGUGAAAGAGGAGAAGGAAGAAGAGGAUGUGACAGUAACAAUAUUAGAGGAUGAGGCUGUUACAGUGAAAGAGGAAGAGGAGGACGUUACGGUGAAAGAAGAGGAAGACGCGUUCAGAGUGAAAGAGGAAGAGGAGGAUGUUACAGUGAAAGAAGAGGAGGAAGAGAAAGAGCAGGAUGCAUUUUUUGCAGUGAAGAAUGAGACAGACGGGGAGAUAACUGUCAUAUUGGAAGAAGAGACAGGAAAUCUGAUUAACACCGGAGAGAGACAUGACUAUCGUGGAUCUUUUGGGGAGCCUCAACAACCUCAUGAUGCUGACGAGGCAGAGAAGAGUCUCUCCAGAUCAGAACACCUCAAGAAACACCUGCAGAGAUCCACAGGGAAGAAAUCUAACCGCUGCUCUGACUGUGGGAAGAGUUUCACCUCGUCAUCAGAUCUUAAAAUACACCAGAGAAUUCAUACAGGAGAGAAACCGUACAGCUGCUCCGACUGUGCAAGGACUUUUACUACACGAAGUCAGAUGAUAUCUCAUCGGAGAACACACACAGGAGAAAAGCCUUUCAGCUGUGAUCGAUGUGGGAAGAGUUUUGCUCAGUCAGGCAACCUGACAAUUCACCAGAGAACACACACGGGUGAGAAGCCUUACCACUGCUCUGACUGUGGAAUGAGUUUUACUACCUCAGGUGGACUGAUAUCACACCAGAGAACACACACGGGAGAACAGUGUGGGAAGAGCUUUGCUGCCGCAAGGAACCUGAAUCUAGUUCACACAGCUGCUCUGACCACACACCAGAGAAGCUACACUGGAGAGAAACCAUACCACUGCUCAGACUGUGGAAUGAGUUUUACUACAUCAAGUGGACUGAUAUCACACCAGAGAAUCCACACCGGAGAGAAACUAUACAACUGCUCAGAUUGUGGGAUGAGUUUUACUGGAUUAGACAAACUGACUAUACACCAGCGAUUACACACAGAGAGGACUUAUAGCUGUGAUCAAUGUGGGAAAAACUUUGCUGCAGCAACAAACCUGAUAGUUCACCAGAGAACACACACAGGAGAGAGGCCUUAUUGCUGUGAUGAAUGUGGGAAGAGAUUCACUCAGUCAGCACACCUGACUGUUCACCAGAGAACACACACAGGAGAGCAGCCUUAUAGCUGCGAUCAAUGUGGGAAACAUUUUGCGUUGCCAGGAAACCUGACUGUACACAAGAGAACACACACCGGAGAAAAGCCUUACAGCUGUGACGUAUGUGAGGAUAGUUUUGCCACCUGGACAGCCCUGGCUACACACAAACGAAUCCACACGGGUGAGAAACCGUACCACUGCUCCGACUGUGGAAUGAGCUUUACUUCCUCAAGCGACCUGAAAAGACACCAGAGAAAACACACAGGAGAGAAACCUUAUCGCUGUGAUCAGUGUGGGAAGAGCUUUAUUCGAUCAGACUCUCUGUCAAAACACAAGAAAAUACAUGCAGGAGAGCCACAGAGUGUUUAAUGUUCUCCAACACCAGACCUGAGUAGUAGAACACAGAGUGUGGAAUGAUCUCCAACACCAGACCCGAGUAGUAGAACACAGAGUAAUGAACUAUUUGUAAUCUAACUGUUGAUGUCAUAGUCUCUUUGUGGUCUUGUUUCAUAAUAAUAAUAAUAAUAAUAAUAUAAUUUAUAAUAUUGUAAAAUCCUACAACUUUUGACAGCUCUAAUGUCAAAUGAUCACAUUUAUAAUUUUGUAAAUUUAUAGAAGGAGCAUCAGAACAAUAAAUGUGAUGUUUUGAUGUAGUCGGAGACCCUAGAAGAUUUCACAUUCCAGAUGUUGCUGUAAAUAAACAGAAGGAUGAGUUUCUAAUGUCA